UCCGUCGCGAUGCUGCCGCUGCUCCGCCGGGCUUGGGCGGCCGCCGUCACCUCCUCCUCCUCGUCCUCGUCCUGCUCCUCACGGCCGGGCAGCCGCCGGUGCAGCCUCGGCGCCUGCUGCUCCUACCGCCUGCGAGACGCCCUGCAUCCGCUGUGGCAGAGCCCGCUGACAAUUCCCGGAGGUACCCGCCAGUCUCCCAUCAACAUCCAGUGGAGGGACAGUGUUUAUGAUCCUUUCCUGAAGCCUCUGAAAAUCAGCUACGACCCCACCACCUGUCUUCACAUCUGGAACAAUGGCUACUCCUUCCUGGUGGAGUUUGAUGAUUCUGCUGAUAGAUCAAUCAUCAUUGGAGGCCCCUUGGAAAACCAGUACAGGCUAAAGCAGUUCCACUUCCACUGGGGAGCUGUCAAUGACUGGGGCUCAGAGCACACAGUUGACUGUAAAUUUUACCCAGCAGAGCUGCAUUUGGUGCACUGGAAUGCUGUGGAGUACCUGAGUUUUGAGGAAGCUGUGAUGGAAGGGAAUGGCCUGGCUGUUAUUGGAGUGUUCUUAAAGCUGGGAGCACGGCACGAGGGGCUGCAGACCCUGGUGGAUGCCCUGCCAGCAGUCAGACACAAGGACACUGUGAUCGAGUUUGAUGUCUUUGAUCCCUCGUGCCUGCUCCCUUCCUGCCCUGAUUACUGGACCUACGCUGGCUCCCUGACCACUCCUCCCCUCACUGAAUCAGUCACGUGGAUCAUUAAGAAGAAGCCAAUCGAAGUGGAUGAGGAUCAGCUGGAGGCCUUCAGGACGCUGCUGUUCACGUCGCACGGGGAGGAGGAGAGGAGGAUGGUGGACAACUUCCGCCCGCUGCAGCCGCUGAUGGACCGCACCGUGCGCUCGUCCUUCCGCCCCCAGCUCAGCCCAUAGCUGCCCCAGCAGCCCCAGCAUUUCCCUUUCUGUCCAUGCCCUUCCUUGACUGUCCCCAGAGAAACUGUGGGGUUUUUUAGUUUUGAUUUUUUUUUAAGAAGUGAGUGAUAUUAACUCUUAACUUGUUCUGGGGCAGGGGUCAAGAAGGAAUUAAUAAGACAGCUAAAGAUAAGGACAGGAGAGCUCCUCCCCUGUUCCUUCUCUCUGAAUUUUUCUGUGUUUCUUCAAAUGCUCUUUCAGUGUCUUGCAUGAAUUAGUAAUCCUGGGUAAAAAUUCUUAAGAAAGAGGAAGUGGGAAGCAAAGAAAAGUAUCAGGACUGAUCAGGUCCUUUUAGGGAAUUGUUUGAUGUCUGGGAAGAGAGCUGGAAGGGAACUAGCUUGUCUCAGAGACAUUUUACCUUCUUUUUUCUUGGAUGAAAGGAGAAGGACAAAAAUGACUUCCAGGAUCUCUUUCCAUUCUGUUGGUUGCACAUUCCGUGUUUGAUAUGGGUGCCCACUGUAAGGACAUCAGGAGCCAGAAGGCUUUUUCUAAAACCUUUUAACAACUGUAGAAGCUUUGGCAGCUUUUGUUUUCCUGUGUUAAUAAUCUAUCAGGAGAAGGGAGGAGAAGAGAAUUCACCAGGACCUAGAGACUGGCAAGAACAGCAAAUUAGGUGAAAAUGUCCAAUUGAUCCCAGGAAGCUGAUCACAUCAACAGAAAGCAAGAUUAGAUAAGGCCCAGCUGACCCUCCCAGUGGGAUUAGGAGGGCAAAAACCCAAACCGGUGCUAGGAGAGUGUGGACAAAACACAGCACUGAGAAAGAGCUUUUAUUUCAGUAACUUGGAGAGUACCAGUGCUCUCUUCAGUUUUGUCUUGAGAUGUAUUUUCCUAUGAAAACACUUACCCAGCUUCAGGACCAGUGGGGACCAGUUUGUUUUUAUUGCACCUUAUGGUAACAAGGUCCAGUGGGGGUUGGAAUUGAUUUGUGGACCAAGCAGAGCUGCUGUGUGAGCUGCCAGCUCUGAGCCCUUCCCAGGAGCUGUGAUCCAGCAGCCCCAGGGAUCACUGACCUCUCACCUCCUACUAAACCGAAUUUUCUCUCAGGCACCUUUCCCUCUGGCCCUUCAUGCUCUGCUGUAUUUAGCAGAUUAAAUUCCUGCACCAGAUUUCUGAUGAGGAGCAGCUCUGUCUGUGUCAUGUCCAUGGGUUGUGUUUCAGGAAUCUUUUCAGGAAUCUUUCCUUCCCUCUGUUUGAUUCCUGGUGGGAUUCAGCGAAGCCAUGACCUGGCUUGGCAAUGCUAAAUCCAGUUUUCCAAUUGGUACUUUGUUUUUUUUUUAAAGUCCUAGUAUUUCGUUUCAAAGCACCUUAACACUUUUCAGUGUGACCCUGAUGAUUUUAAGGGUUUGAGAUCAUGUUGUUGAAGCAGUUGAGUGCCCAGGUCCUGCCUUUCCUUCCUCAACAGCUCUACCUCAGGCUGUUGUUCUGGUGCCACAGUUGUGCCUUUGUCCCUGCAAUGUGGCCACUUCAAUUGAGUGACUCUGGGUGCUGAAAGGAAGGAAAUCUCCCUCUAUCCCAGUGCAGGAUAUUUUUCCUGUUGGGAAUUCAGUGGAGCUCUUUGGUUUCACCAGUUCCCCCAAGCCCUCCCUGCCUGGGGGAGCAUUUCCCUCUUGGUUGUGCCAUCUCCCUUUGGACGGGGCUGGGAUUAUCCUGGGAUGGUGGAAGGUGUCCCUGCCAUGGUAGGGGUGGCACUGGAUGAGGUUUCAGGUCCUUUCCCACCCAAACCAUUCCAUGAUUUUCUGAUUCCAUGAUAUCAGUUGAACUCUGCAAGCUUUGCCAUCAUCACUCAGAUUUUUAGCUACAAAACCACAUCAGUGAUGAUUUUGCUGGAGAAUGAUACAGUCCAAAACAAAGCUGGAAGGAAUAUCUACAGUCCAGGGAACAGGAAAAGAAUACUUUUACUCUUUGCCUGAAUAUAUAAUAAUUAUGAUCCAGUCAUUAAGUCUGAGAUAUUUAUUCAGUGCUGUUCUUGGAGACACUUUCUGAGGAGGA